AGAAAUAUAAUUCUCUUAAUUUACGUGGAACUGAUUAGUUUAUUGGUGCUCAUAUAGUCAUAUGUUAGACAUGGAAAACAAAGCACAGCAAUAUGUGUGUGUUGUCUUUAACACGUGGGAAAAGCCUUUGAUGUCCUUUGGUAACUAACAACCAUAUAAAAAAAACUUGGAAACUAUGCAUUUGAUGUUCAUCUUCUUAAAGAGUUCUUCAGUAAGCAAGUUCAAUACUUCAACACUAAGCAGAGAAAGAGAAAAAGAAUGUACAAGUCGAAGCUGCAGGAGCUUUGCCACAAGAAUCAAUGGGGUUUACCAAAGUACACCUCUAUGAGAUAUGGGCCAGAUCAUAACCCUCUCUUUGGAGCCUCUGUUUGAGUCAAUGGCAUUUCUUUUGACUCUUUCGUCGUCUUCAAAUCCAACAAACAAGCCCAUAACCAUGGUGCCAUGCUUGCUUUUCUUCACUUCAGUUCUCCACCUCCUGGUUCACUUUCUUUCCUUCUUUCUUGUGUUAUAUAAUGGUUUGUCCCCAAUUAGUUUCUUUCAUUAAGCAUAUUGAUUCUUAUUCGAUUGUGUCAUCAAUGGCAUAGGCUGAACAUGCUGUUGCAACACCUAUGGUUGAAGAAAGCAACCAGAAUCUUGAUAUUCGAUCGAAUGUUUCUGGCUUGAAAAGUGGUAAGGAGCUUCAACUUAGUAAGUUUUUAAAAGCUUUCUUAAGCUAACUUGAUUUACCAUACUCAGAAACUACUCCAAAAAAAAAUAAUGAUAAUAAUAAUUGCUUGUUAAGUUAAACAAUAGCUGAGAUUAUAAACCAUAUCAUUUUUUGAUGGUACUUCUUUGGCUAAUGAUGUAGAAACAUGUCUCUUAGAAGUAUCAUAUUGCUAUUAAAAGGUCAUAUGUACCUUUAUAUGUGGUGAAAGAUUGAUAUAGAAUAAAAAGGAUUGUAAAGAUUAUGCUGAAAUUUGUUGGCUGUAACAUCCUUUUGCUUUUCAUUAUGGUUUAGAUUCUUCAACAAUAAUCAAAACCAACAAGGGAGAACGAAGCAUCGAAGAAAAACUGGAGAUUCUCAAGAUGCAGUCAGAUGAUUUGGGCAUCAGUGUUGGUGAUGGUGAGGAGACUAAAGUCAAGAAGCAACUGCAGAAAUAUGCUAGACAGAGAAAUUUCGGUUUGCCAGUGUACUUUUGUGAAUGUGAUCAGUGUCCUGAGGCCACUCAGUUUAUGGCAACAGUUACAGUUGGUGACCAAAUUUUUGAGAGCUCUGGAUCCUUCAACACUUCGAAAGACGCUGAAAGUGAUACUGCAAAGGUUGCUUUAAUGUCUUUCUUAAUGGAAAACUUUCAAGAGGACGAGUCUCGAGUUUACAAGAAUCUCUUGCAAGAGCUAGUUCAGAGAGAAGAUUUAAGCACUCCAGUUUAUAAAACUAUAAAACGUGGUGAACCCCACAAGCCUAUUUUCUUUACUAGUGUGGAGCUGGAUGGAGAAAUAUUCCAUGGGAAAGCAGCAAAAUCCAAGAAACAAGCAGAGUUGGAUGCUGCAAGGGCUGCCUAUGUCGCUCUUCAGGAACGUGGAUCAAUUCAGAAUGUCAACUUCACUUCCUCUAGUUUAGGAGCACAUACUCCCAAAUCAACUUGGAGCUCUUGUGUGGCCUAUGACUUGGGGCAGAGUCUAAAACACCAAUGCAUUUUGGUUCCACAUCAACCUCAGAUUUAUGUUGAAGCUAAAGAGAAGUUUGGUACAUUAGCAGAUUCAGCAGAAACCACUGUAAGCACAAUGGAAGUGGACAACUCAUACCCUGCAAUAACAUCUCAUAUGGUUAUUUUGUGGAGGGCACCUACAAUUACAGAGAAUUACUAAUAAUCCUAAUUUUAAACUUAAUUUGUUUGAUAUAAUUUUUCAACAUUUUUAUAUUAGGGUGCUAGUUUAUUUUUGGAAGCAAAAAUACCUAAUAUUACAAUUCUCUUACACCAUUACUACCACUUCCGUUAACUCAUAAAUAUGGACACGUGGAUGGUUCAGAUGCAUUACAUUUAUUUUUAUUUUAUUUUAAAA